AGCUUCUUCAAGAACUUCAAACCCUCCUUCAUGCCCAAGAUUCCCAUCCUAGCCAUGUCAGGUGAUCUGGCGAUUUUAUAACCUGCUGCCGCCACCUAAACAACAUUGCAACCGUCUUCAGAUCAAAACUUAGUCGCGGAGGCACAACAUGGAUUCGACGACGCAAAUCACAGAAGCGCCACCACCUUGGGACUGCAAGGCCACCGUCUACGUGUUAUACUUUGUGGCGUCCAAGCCCGCGUCGGGGGAACUGCCUGAAAUUGCCUACUCGCCCCUCGAACGCGCCUCGCCUUUUGCAUCGCCCCAGUUUGGCCGGGCGCUUGGGGGCCUCAGCACCAUUCAGCUCGUUCGGUAUAGCCGGACGCCUGUCGGGCCCUAUGACGAGAUGCUACUAGUGCCCGGGAAGUUCGAGUACCCCGUGGACGACAAGGGGAAGAAGCGGAGGGCUGAGCGGGCGCUCAGACUGACGAGAAUCUACGUCAGCCAGAAGGAUACUUGCUGGAAUGGCCGGAAGAACUGGAACAUCCCGAAGCAUCUUGCCCGCUUCGAGUGGACCGACCUGCCAGACGGGUCGACACACGUCGAGGUCUUCCCCCACGACACGGCCACGCCAUACGACAAGUUCGAGAGGAAACCGAGUGAUCGUCCCUUCUUCCGGGCCACCUUCCAGCCGAUGCGCUACACGCCGUACUUCCCAAUGUCUACCAAACUGUACGAGUGGCUGGGCAUCAGAAUCUCCAUGGUGCAGCCGCCGUUGCCGGAGGGCGAAAGCAGCCAGGGCGAGCUGGCGGGCACGACGCGAUGGUGCAAGGUCGUGCCGUAUCAGUACUCCAAGAGGAGUUGCGUCGGGUGGGCGGAUAUGCGGCAGGCGGACGAGGGGGGGGAGGAGGGGAGCAACAGAGGCCACGAGAACUUCUGGCCCGGCCUGGGCAGGUGGGUGCCGGCGCUCAAGAUGGAGGACGCGGAUGUAAGGUUUGGGGACGGAGAGUUUUGGGAUACACCACAGUCGCUCCAUUAAGAUGGCGUAUCGCCAUCUGAGCAGUCGGUAAAGCC